AUUCUAAUAUUACAAGCUGAGUCAUGCGACAACUGCACACGAAAAACGACUUUUUGCACACGGCUUGUCGAACGCAGGCGUUGGAUAUAAAAGGAAAACGGGCAGACACGCAGGCAGACCUGCAACCGACAGCGCUAUCCAAAUCUUAAGACGCCGCGCAGAAUUUUGUUAUUGUUGACGAUCAGAACAAAGGAACUAUAAUAUAUAUAUAUAUAUAGCUAAAAAAAAAAACAGAAAAAAAUUAUUAUUAUAUUUGACUGUCAUGGAGUUCUCAGUCAAAGCCUACCUGCAGAAAGAAGACUCCACUGUGGAGGUGCGCAGGAUACCAGUGAAUGUGGAAGGACCCAACAUUUACAAGCAGAUUUUAGCCAGAGUAAGCCAGUCCUUCCCUGGAUUGAAAGAAAAACUUGUGACUCUGAAGUGGAGAGACUCUGAUGGUGACUAUGUGUUGAUGUCAUCUGAUGAAGAAGUGACUGAGGCAUUGUCCCAGUCUGCUGGUGCACCUCUUAAAAUCUACAUCAAUGUUGAUGACGACAGACAGGACAUGCCACCUGAGGCUGACAAAAGCUCAGAGCAGCACAAUCACAAUCGAGAUUUUUCUGAAGAUUCCCAAGAAGAUCCUAUUGGUUUUCCAUUCAUACCUCCUACGCCUCCUACAAUGCCCCAUUUCUUUGGCCCGGAAUCUCCUGGUGGAAAAAAGAGACGUCACCAUGGACCUUUCCAAGGUCACUGGUCAUUUGAAGGUCAUUUUCCAUUUGGAGGUCAAGGACCAUUUAGUCAUGGUCCAUUUAGUAGUCAAGGUCAUUUUGGCACUGGUGGGCAUGGCUCAUUUGGCAGGCAUGGUCCAUUCCAUGGACAAGGUCCAUUCCACGGACAAGGUCCAUUCCACGGACAAGGUCCAUUCCAUGGACAAGGUCAAUUCCAUGGACAAGGUCCAUUCCAGGGACAUGGUCCAUUAGGUAGACACGGGCCUUUUGGUCAUGGCCAUUUCAGCAGCUUUGCUCAUGGGCCUUUUGGCCCAUUUUUUCACUACCAGCAACACAAUGGAUUUGAGAAAGAUUGCAAAAGAAAAUGUAACAAAGAUGGAUGGAAAAAGAAGUUAAGAGAUGCAGUUCCAGUUGCUCACCGCCGCUGGGCAAAAUAUUACAUCAGAAACUGGCGAGUGACCAAUUUGAAAAAUGCUACAACAACCAGUAGUGAGAGUGACCAAGAACAUGUCACCUUGGAGUCUGCAAAUGUACCUGAAGCUUAUGUUAAGUGGCUUGACCAUAUCCUAGUAAAGUGGCACAGGCGCUGGAAUCAAGAGCUCUCGGAGGCAGGGAAGUCAGCCAGUGGUGAUCAAAAUACUGAUAAGAAACAAUUAAAGGCUUCAGUUCCCAAGGAAUUUAGAAAAUGGAUUAAAUGGUACCUGGCCCGCCACUUUGGCCAAAAAGAGGCUCCAAUUUUCUAUGAAGAUUUUCAGCACAUGAGAGGACAUUGUCAUGGAAAAGGCAAAAAAUUUGGAGGUGUUGGAAAGAAGAUGUGGAAAAGAGCUUACAAAAUGCAUUUUUUAGAUAGCUCAGUUCCAUUGAAGUAUAGAAUUUGGGCAAGACAUUUUAUUAGUGACUGGCGCCAACAGAACAAAAUUUCUGAUGCAGAAAGUAGCACUUCUGCAACUGAGAGCGAUGAUUUGGACACAGAAAAGCAACAAGGAAAGAUAACUGUUCCCAACGACUAUUCCAAAUGGCUCAUCCUGUUUCUGAACAAGUGGCACAUUAACAGAGGGUUAAUGCAAGGCCAGAAAUCUUGCAAAUAUGAAAUGGAAAUGAUUAAGGAGAAGGUACCAUGGGAUUUUAGAAAAUGGGUCAAAUGUUACCUGUGGCGACGCUACAUGAAAUUUUCUGGUGACAUGAGUACUUCUAAACAGUACCAAAAGUGGAUGGGGACUUUUCAGAAGAAGUGGCUAAAAGACCAAAGUUCAGAAAGCGAUGGACUAAAUCUGACCAGUAGUGAGGAAGAGGCUGGCACUACAAUCUCUGGAAAAGCAUCAGAUAAAGAAGUGGAGAAAUCUUUCAAGAAACUUCGCCUUGAUGAACAGACCAGCCCACUAAAGAGUGUUUCAUUUUCAGACGACCAGAGAAAACCAUCUCCAUGUGGAGCUGACAAGGAAGAAAGCAUUGAGUCAUCUCAAAACAAAAUGAAUUGGGCUAAAGAAGAUGGGAAAACCUCUUGUGCUAGUGGUGCUGGUGCUUCAGAUGAAGAGAUCCCUCCUUACAUGAACCAAUGGAUGACAAAGAUGAUGAUGAAAAUGCAAAUGAAAAAAAUGAAGAAAGACUUGAAGGAGGCUCGCAAGGAAAGGAAAGCCGAAGCCAAGGCCCAGAAAUAUUUCAGGAUGUAAAGAAGAAUUCAAGAAGAAUUCAGUUCAGGCUUAACAUGAGUGCAUUUUAUUCACUUUUCUUUAUUUUGAGAGAUUUUAAUAAGUUAAAGUAUUUAAAGAGUCAUUAAGAAAUAGAUUUUUUUUUAAUAUUGUCAGAUAGUCAGAAUUAUUUUUUAGACUUCCUCUUAUGUUGUAGGGCCUAAAUUGUCCCAAAAUGCCAACAACCCAAAAUAUUAAAUAUCCUAUGUUUUAAAAAAAUCAACAUUUUUAUUUAGAAUCUUUUUUUUAGAUUUUUGUUUGUUUCAUUCAAUCAUUAGUAACAUUUGGUUAGGACGUUAUUAAAUACAUGUUACCCUUCAAUGCUUUAUUUGGACAGUUUAUAUAAAUCUAUAUACCGUAAUGAAUACAGUAGUCUAACACUAGUCUAGUUGUUUUGUCCAUACUCUAGAACCAUUAUUGUAAACAAGUUAAAAAAUAAAGGAAAUGUGUUUUUCUCUAUAUUGUUAACUUGGUGCACAUGAAUGUCUCAAAAUUUUCCUUUGAGAGUAAUAUGACAAUCUACAAUUUUAAAUUGUAUAUUUUACAUAACUUACCAAUCCAAGUGAACCCAACUAUUUUAGAUCUAUAUUUUCUUCUAACUAAUGUUUGUUUUAUGACCUAGUUGCUAUUUAUGUAUGUAGUAAUUCAUGUGUGUCUUAAUAUUGUUUACCUUUUUACUGGCGCAUCUUUUUUUUUUUU